AUGGUUACCACUGCAGUCUUAAAGAGACAGGAGGUAAGUGCAUUAAAAUCCACUGCAGGAGGACACUCCACUCCCCUUCCCUUGCUCACCUGUCUUCUCUGCCUUUGUCCCCACUGUGUCCAGGGCCGAGCACGCAGGCCUCCACCUGCGCUGCACAGGCACUGCGAGGGAUGCAUCGACCGCCACUGCCGUGUUCCAGCGGAGCCCAGCGUCUCCUGCCUGGUGAUAAGCUGUCACCUGCUCUGUGGCGCUACCUUCCACAUGUGCAAAGAGUCAGAGCAUACACUCCUCUGCCCUCUGGAACAGGUUCCGUGCCUCAACUCUGAGUAUGGCUGCCCGCUCUCCAUGGCACGCCACAAACUGGCUAAGCACCUGCAGGUGUGCCCGGCCAGCGUGGUCUGCUGCUCCAUGGAAUGGAACCGCUGGCCAAACGUGGACUCGGAAACAGUCCUUCAUGAGAACAUCAUGAAAGAGACCCCCAGCGAGGAGUGUUUGGAUACAGCCCUGGCCCUCCAAGAUCAGAAGGUUCUCUUCAGAUCCUUGAAAAUGGUAGAGCUUUUCCCAGAAACCAGAGACGCCACCGAGGAGGAGCCAGUCAUGAAUGGCGAUACCAGUUGGGAGGAGACUGCGGGCGCAGUCGGGGGCGUGGAUGCAGGGCUAGUACCAAACUCUUGUUUGCCGGCAAUGAAUGGGCAAACGAUGGAGCUCAGUCAGGAGGAACGAGAUGCAUUGGCAAAAACCAAAGAAGGGAUGGACCUGGACAAGUUUGGCAAGUGGGAAAGCAUGUUCAGCAAGGAGCACGCAGCCUCUGUUUUAACAGGUUCCUCAGGGAAAAGUGAAGACAAGAAUGAGAAUGUGUCUGGGAAAGAGCAGCGCUCUGGUGAUGGUAGCACAGGGGAUGCAGAGAGAAGAGGACCACAGGAAAGCCCGAAGCCCCAGGAACCUCCCACCACCAUUGAGAUGACAGGGCUUGCUCCCUGGCAAGACGGCGUUCUGGAAAGACUAAAAACAGCGGUGGACGCCAAAGACUAUAACAUGUAUCUGGUGCACAAUGGGCGGAUGCUCAUCCACUUCGGGCAGAUGCCUGCUUGUACGCCCAAGGAGAGAGACUUUGUUUACGGCAACCUCGAAGCUCAAGAAGUGAAGACGGUUUAUACUUUCAAAAUUCCCGUGAGCUACUGCGGGAAGCGAGCUCGCUUGGGAGACGCCAUGUUGCGGUGCAGACCAAGUGAGCACAAGGCCGUGGAUACUUCCGACUUGGGCAUCUCCGUGGAGGACCUGCCCAAAUCUGAUCUCAUCAAGACCACCCUCCAGUGUGCUUUGGAAAGAGAACUCAAAGGCCACGUCAUCUCUGAGUCCAGGAGCAUCGAUGGACUCUUUAUGGAUCUCGCCACCCAAACAUACAACUUUGAGUCAGAACAGUUUUCCUCAGAGACAGUGUUGGCUGACCUCCUAGGCGCUACCCAACCCGGGGGCCUGCAUGUGGAGCUCCACAGUGAGUGUGUGACCAGAAGACACAACAAAAGCAGCUCAGCUUUUACUUUUACCUGCAACAAAUUCUUCCGGAGGGAUGAAUUUCCCCUGCACUUCAAGAAUGUCCACACCGACAUUCAGUCGUGUCUCAAUGGCUGGUUCCAGCAUCGAUGCCCCCUUGCCUACUUGGGAUGUACAUUUGUUCAAAACCACUUCCGCCCCCCUGGACAGAAAGCGAAAGUGAUCUAUAGUCAGGAGCUGAAGACCUUUGCCAUCAAGCCAGAGGUUGCUCCGGAACUGAGUGAGAAAUGGAAAAGCGACCAUCUCUCAGGCCGCGAUGGGAAAAGCCUGAAUUCUCUAACCAGCCUGCCCUUGGAGGUUUUGCAAUACAUUGCUGGGUUUCUGGACAGCAUCAGCCUGUCCCAGCUAUCCCAGGUAUCCGUACUGAUGAGGAACAUCUGUGCAACGUUGUUGCAAGAGAGAGGGAUGGUCCUCUUGCAAUGGAAGAAGAAGAGGUAUUCUCAUGGAGGCACCUCCUGGAAAGUCCACAAUCAGAUCUGGCAGUUCAGCAGCCUCUUCUCAAAAAUCAAGAGCUGGGAGUUUAAUGACGUCACCUCCAUGUCCGAACACCUGAAAACCUGUCCUUUCAAUGUCGUGGAGCAUAAGACUGACCCCAUUCGUCUGACCAGCAUGUGCCAGCCCCAAGAGCAGGCCAGGGAGAGCUUAGUGUCCACGUUUAGGGCCCGACCGCGGGGAAGACACUCUUAA